AUGGCGAGCACUCCGCCGCCGCCUUCGCCCUCAGCCCUGAGGGUCCCAGCCGCUCCUCUUCAUGGAGCAGGAUAUGACCAGUACUCGCCAUAUCCCACUCGGUAUUCAACACGUCUGGCCAAGCAACGCGCUGUUCGAGGCACUGAGACGACACCUCCGCCGAUUUGUCCAAGUUCUCCGAGCAAGGCACGAUCAAGUGGUUCGCCAAAGAAGUGUCGAAAAAUCCAGGUUGAUGAAGAGACAUUAUCAACGCCUGGUGCUAGCGGGCGCUCAAAACCGAAUGCUGCCAUUUCAAAGGAAGGUCGCCGCUUUAACGCACAAUCUGCCUACGAUCCUUUUGACAUGUCUGCCUCGCACAAUGUUCCCUCCUCUGCUGCCCCUCAUUCACGCACAGCCGGGAGCCAGGCUCUGCCCACACCUGCUAAAACACCUUCAAAGAAGAAGGUCGACAACUUCUCAUCAGCUUCCCGUACUCUUUUCCCCGCCCACACCAUGUCUCCCAAGAAGCCUGCUCCAUUCUCCCUAGGGGGCUUUGAGGCCCCUGCGUCUGGCAAAAGGGAGAUCCAAAUUUACACAGACUCCCGUGACCGUAUCCCAAAGGCCUCACAGGUUGCAACACCGUUUGCUGCUCGCCUGCAGGCACCUAAUGAUGCUGGGUCUAGUGCUCCACCAAGAGAUGGAGCUGAACAUGAUGAUCUCAGUGGGCUUGGACCUCCAAGCUCAGCUGUUCGACGCCGACGUGAUGCCCGCCGCACACCCGAUGACCAAAUGACGAUGAUAUUCCGUGGCAAGAGAGUCAUUCAAACUUUCGAUGCCGAUGAUGAGGAAUCUGAAGAUGACUUGGGCCUGUUCGCUGCUCGUCCUGACCUGCUGGAAGGGGACGACGAGAUGCUGAACAAUAUUCAAACUCUGAGUCGCGACUCUAUCCAACCUCGCCAACUCUUUGCGCAAAGGAAGGGUAGUCCCCCACUCUGUGACAUUGUGGACAAGGGGGAUGAUGAUGCUCCUACCGAUGAUGAGGGACAGGCUCAUGAUGAUUUGGCAUCCCCUGUUGCUACCCCGACGUCCCUCGACUUACCUCAAGCUCCCGGGGCCACUCGCAUUACUCGCUCGUCUGCUCGGGGCCCUCAGGUCGAAGAAACUCCUACCGCCAACAUUGCCCCUCAGACCAAACGCAAGCGCAUCAGCCCCUUCGACCAGUGGCUACGCAAGAAACAGAAGCCUGAGACGGUACCACCUCCUCAGGUUGCCGACAAGGCAAGUGACCGGGCUGCUAGUCCUCCUGGUCUCUCUGCGACUAGAAAAACCCGAAGCACCCGUUCUUCCUAG